GAAGCCAUCCCUGAUUUAUCGCGCAAGGAAAAUGCAUGUGAUGAUGAUGAGCCGAUCGAGCGAGCUUGUUUUGCUCCCACUGUCCCACACUAAACAAAUGGUGAAGUGCAACUGCAAUUUGCCAUUGCCAAUGCCAAUGGCUUCCUUCACAAGAUUGUCAACACCGCACACUCACUGCACGCCGUCGGAUUCAAGGAUUUCCACCUCUAAAGCCGCUCCAUCAGGACACCACUUCCCUGAUUUCAACUCCGUAUGUUUGUAUUUUUUUGCCUAGCUUUCACAUCUCAUGCUCGGAUUACUCACGUGGAAUUCUCCGCGUUCUAGUUGUUUCCGAUCCGCAAAUUGAAGCAGAAGCGGGUGGAUCCUCACGAAGUUCCUGUGUUCUGUUUGAAUUUGGUUACUGUAACUUCUUUUUCUCAGAUUUGUUCGGAACCUAGAAGCUUUUGAUUUGGGGAUUUUUGUCGAACACUUGGCGGUUGCGGUGUAAGGAUGGGGAGAACAUGCUUGCGGAAGUGUAGAUUGGGGAGAAUAUUAGGCUGGCUUCAGAUUGCGUUGGGAGGGCUUGUGGUGAUCGUGAGCAUAUCUACACUGUCUAGGUUUUACUCCGCCGGAAUAUUCUUCUACCACAACGAGGAAAUCUGCAGGCAUUUGUAUGGAACUUCCAAGGCUGUUUCCGACAGGAUUGAUGUGGCGGCGUUAACCGCUAGGGUUGAUGAAGUUCUCAACAAGAUGGAAGCUCUACAAGACAAGCUCGAAUCGAAAGUGCAACAGAUGGAGAAGAACAGGGCAGAAUUGCACAAGAGUAACAUCACAAAAUUGGAGUUUAAGAAAUUCUUAGAGGAUGAAGUGAUUAGGCCAUUCUACGGUGCACACAUUGCUCUAAGGCAAAUCCGGCUGCCGAGGAUCGACAACAGCACGGCCAUGGAGGAUCCUCUGAUCAAUACCUUUGCUGUUGAGGAGAUUCGGAAGUACAUUACCCCUAAGGAGAAUAGGGUGGAGAAGAUGAAGACGAAGACAAACAUAUAUGGGAUGGAGAAAGUGUACAACACCAUAGGCCACGCCUGCGCGGCGAUGAAGAACGAAUUGGAGGCGUAUAUGAAUUACGACGUGGGAUCAUACUGUAAUGACGAUUGGAAUUUGGGGCAGAGGCUUAUGAUUCACGGCUGUGAUCCAUUACCACGGCGCCGGUGUUUAGCGAAAGCUUCGAAGCUCUACACGCGGCCAUAUCCGAUCAACGAGUCCCUCUGGAGAAUCCCGGACGGGAGAAAUGUGAGGUGGAGCAAUUACCAGUGUAAAAACUUCGAGUGUCUUUCGAUCAAGAACCCGAAGAGGGGCUAUUCGACUUGCGCCGGAUGCUUCGAAAUGGAGAAGGAGAAGCAAAAAUGGUCGACAAACACAUCACUACCGAUUGAUUUCCUGAUCGGAGAAGUUCUAUCCAUCAAGCCAGGGGAGAUGAGGAUAGGCCUGGAUUUCGGAGUUGGGACAGGAACAUUUGCGGCGAGGAUGAGGGAGCAUAACGUGACGAUCGUCUCGACUGCCUUGAACAUCGGCGCGCCGUUCAGCGAAACGAUCGCGCUGAGGGGUUUGAUCCCGCUGUACGCGACGCUGAACCAACGGCUGCCGUUCUUCGACAACACGAUGGAUUUGAUACACACAGCGGGGUUCCUUGACGGAUGGAUCGAUCUGCAGCUGCUCGACUUCGUCCUGUUCGAUUGGGACCGUGUCCUGAGGCCGGGGGGGCUGCUGUGGAUCGACAGAUUCUUCUGCAAGAGAGUGGAUUUGGAUGACUAUAUGUACAUGUUGUUGCAGUUUAGGUACAGGAAACAUCGGUGGGCAAUUGCUCCUAAGUCUAAGGAUGAAGUGUUCUUAUCUGCCCUGCUGGAGAAGCCUCCAAGAUCACGAUAAUCGAAUUACUGGUAUGUCAUUAAAAUCUCCUCCAAUUUUCUUUCGAUACAAAUUGCUUAUUAUAUGUUACUUUAAAUUUGAAACAUAUAUGAUCUCUCUCUUUUGUUUAUUUAUGCUUUUUUUGUUGUUUGGGUUGAAUACUUUA